UGGAUUCCAACGGGGAGCCCCCUAAAUUAAAGUGUAACCUGAGGAAGCACAAACCAAAUAGGAAGCCCAGGACUCCGUUUACCACUCAGCAACUCCUAGCUUUAGAAAAGAAGUUCAGGGACAAGCAGUACCUUAGCAUAGCAGAGAGGGCGGAAUUUUCCAGUUCAUUGCGACUGACAGAAACACAGGUGAAGAUCUGGUUCCAGAACCGCCGCGCCAAAGCCAAGCGGCUGCAGGAGGCCGAGCUGGAGAAGCUGAAGAUGGCCUCUCUGUCGCGCCACCCCCACGCGCUCUACCCUCACCCCGCAUUGCAGGGCUAUUUCGCCCCCGGCGCGCAUCCUCUGGCUUCGCUGCUGGGCGCGCGGCCCCCCAUGGGUCCCCUCGGGCUGUUGCCCCAGCCGCCCCCGCCCCCUCACCUCGCCUCCCCGCAGGGGGGCGGCAGCAUACGGUCUUCCAGCCCGCACAUGUCCUAG